GAAGGGGGAGAAGCGACAAGGAACACAGAGUAACAGGGUGCAGGUAAGAGAAGGGGAUCAACGAUGGCAGAGUCGCACAACAGUAGUAAUUGGUCGGCCGCUGCGAAGGGGCCAUACCAGCGCACCGAAACGGGUAAUGGUGCCAGGGAGGGAAAACCGUUGUUGCCAUCGAGCAGCCAGAGGUCAGCACAGAGCUGGCAGGACAUAUUAUCAGACCCAUGGUCUUUGAAAGCCGCGGGAAAGAAGGACAAGUGCCGGAAGAAAUCCAAGGCUGAAAAGAAGCAGUCGAAAGAGCAUCGCAGAAGCGGCGCCGACCCCUCUGCGAAAACGAUGCACAAGCGCAGCCGCAAAUCCGGAUCGAAAGUUAUAGUCCCUUCGAGUGCACGGGAGAUUUCAAUGCUGAAAGAACGUAACGAGUCGCCCCCCUCGACCCCCGUGCGGGGAAAGCGCGGAAGCGGCGCCGAGAACCGUCCGCCAAGGGUCCCGGAAAAAAGAUCGGAGGAUGAUAGAAGCGCGACUACGCACCGCAGAACAAAGAAGAGAAUAUCCUACAAAGACGACAGAAUAGUGGAGAGAAUCGAUCUUAGAGGGUCUGACGACAGGCACAGCGGACCCCAAGUGGAAGAAGAGGAGGAACACGACCGUUCCGCGCCAGAGAAGUCAGAUGGUGCGGAGGACGAGGAGCCAGGAAACGAGGGAGACGAUAGCGAUUCUUCCCGCAGACAAUCGCAAGACACCGAUGAGGACGACGACAGCGAUGGCAAGUCGGCCAGCGAGACAACCGGCGAAGACCAGAGCGCCGCUUCGGAAAGAGGUGGUUCGCCAUUUCCUUCGAGGACGCUGCGCAGAGAAGGAGAAUGGCAGACACGCAAUGGCAGUGACACCGAGGAGCGUGUCGGUGACAGACAAAUCGUACAGCACGUCAGCGCCGCGGGAAAAGAGGACGCGUUUUUCGCGGCGGUGCAAGCGACGGCGAAAAUGGCAGGGGAGACAGCAGAGGAAGGGCUGCGGUCUCACAUAGCAGAGUGCGGGAUUCGAGCUGUCAUAGGGGAAUGCAACAGAAUGAUGGCGACGAUCCGCGGAGAGAUUACGUGGCAGCUGAAACAUUGGUUUUGGUCUGAAAAAGGGAUUCCGCUCGUCGGAUCUCAGCAAACGGACCACCACCUCCCCGCUCGCAACAAGAUGCGCACCGAGAUGAAGGAGAACAAGACGUGGAGACGGGGACAGGCGCACCGAUAGUCCGACUUUAACGAUGAUGAAGAUUGCGCGAUCGUAAGGGUCACCCUGUACGCAUCUUCCUCAUUCUGGGUCAAGCAUGGGGUUGAGUUGACACUUGGGCACGGGAGCUUGCUUGCGAGGCCAUUAAGAAUAGCCGAGGGAGUUGCCGCAAAAUGGACAAGAAGAAGGGUCCAUGAAGGGGAAGAGCGAGUUGUGACCCAUGUAGAAGUCAAGCGUGCCGAUGAAUUUGGGCUUCCUUCUGCCCCAUUGCGAGUCGUCUUGCCUGAGUUUCUGGUAGGGAAGUGUUUCGGGGGACAGGAGAGAAUAGAGGCUGCAACGGAAGCUGCUUUGAGAGUGCGAGAAUGAGAGUCAUACCUCUCGGAGAUGCAAAGAAAAGAGGAUGACAGAGGAAAAAGAGGAGCCUGAACCUCCCAAGUUAAUGAAAACCCAGAGGAAAG